AAGAAAUUCGAUAGCAAAACAAACGGCAGAAAAACUACUGAAAAUAAUCGAAAAUACGGCGAUCGCAAACAUUUUUUAGUUUAUUUUCUACAUUCCUCGUGUAUUUUAUUCAAAAUUACGACGUGAAAUGCUGUUGUUAAAUCAGUGAAUUUAUUUCCAGUACUCGCGUGUUCCGUACAGCCCGAUAAAUUUGCUAUCCCCACGUGCCAUGGGAAAAAGUUCCGAAUGUUUAGUGUUCCAAGCGAGAUCGGUCGAUUAGCCUUGUGUCCAAUUUGGAAGUUUAGUUGAAUCAUCCGGAACCACCACCAAAGAAGACGCCGUAUUUAAUUGCCAUAUAUUUGGGUACAAAGGAAUCGAGCGACCACCGCAACGAUGCCGUUCCGGGAUUGGAAAGUUGUCCGGAUUGUGACGGGGAUUGCGAUGCGAAUCUGGGCCGCCAGCGGAGCCGCACUGUUGGCCGCAUUCGUCAUCUACAUAGUGUACGGGGGAUUUGUCGCGUUUUUGCUGCUACUGUUUGCCGUGUCGGGGAUCUUGUACCACGCCCAGGAUAAUCUUCUGUACCAUCCGGAUCUACCGUCAAACUCGCGGAUAUUCGUUCCGGUUCCAUCGAUGCACGGAUUGCCUUAUGAAACGCUACACAUCAAAACAAGAGACGGAAUUACGUUACAUUCGUUCUGGAUUCGACAUCCGGGAGACAAGGGCCGCUACGUUCCGACGAUUGUGUAUUUCCAUGGAAAUGCCGGAAAUAUGGGUCACCGGUUACAGAAUGCCAGUGGGUUCUACCAUACGCUUCAGUGCAAUGUCCUAAUGGUGGAAUACCGUGGCUAUGGGCUCUCGAACGGGACUGCCAGUGAAAGGAGCUUCUUCUCCGAUGCGAGGACCGUUGUAGACCAUCUGUGCGGUCGCCACGAUCUCGAUCACAGUCAGAUCAUUCUGUUUGGACGGUCUCUUGGCGGCGCGGUUACCAUCGAUGUGGCUGCCGAUGCCGUAUAUGGUUCCAAAUUGAUGGGAAUUAUCGUGGAGAAUACCUUCACCAGCAUUCCGGAUAUGGCGGUUGAGCUGAUCCACCCUUGCAUCCGUUACCUGCCGUACUUUUGCUAUAGGAAUAAGUUUCUCUCGGUGCACAAGAUUCAGUUCGUUUCGGCACCGAUUUUGUUCGUUUCUGGCCUGGCCGACACCUUGGUGCCUCCGAAGAUGAUGACCAUGUUGCACACGCGCUGUGGGAGUACCCGGAAGAACAUGUUGCAGAUCGUCGGAGGUUCGCACAACGAUACGUGGGCCGUCAACGGCUACUACCAAGGUAUAGCACAUUUCCUGACGGAAUGCAGGGAAAGCAGAGGGCCAUUGCAGACGCCACCUGUUAGCCAGAACGUGUGGCCCCAAAUCGAGGAAGUGUAGAUACUAAAAGUCCAUUCAGAAUUUGGCUGUGUUAUGCUCGAGAAAAGAGUGCCCCAGUGCCAGUGUGGUAGAGAACCGUAGCGAAUGAGACGAAUACCAGUGACAAAUGACUAGGAUUCUAAGGAAGUAGCACCCACUAACGAAAAAAAAUACAGUGCAAGCUAUAACAAUGAAACGGAGAAAAUACCUAAACAAACACAAAACAAUAAGCAGUUAAAAAAAUUAAGCAUUAGCAUAAUAAUGACAUUAAGAUAAUAAAUUAGCACGAAAGGAAAAAAA